AUGGCCGCCUUGCCGCAGCUGCUUCUGACCCUCUUCCCCGCGGCGGUUGCCGUCCUGAUCCUGCUGCUGGCCUCGGCGCCGGCCGCGCGGGCCUCGUCGGCGACGUACCGCUGCGGCUGGUGCCCGCGCAGGUCCACCGCGUCCAUCCUCCCUCCCGGCGCCGGCGCACUGACCGGUGCCGCCUGCGGGUAUGGUGGCCAGGCGGCGGAGAUGGCCGUCGACGGGGGGCUCCACAUUGCGGCCGUCAGCGCCAGUUUCUUCCGCGGUGGGCGGGCCUGCGGCGCCUGCUACCAGCUGAUGUGCAGGGGACGGAGCGCGUGCGCGGCGGGCGGCGUCAAGGUCGUCGUCGUCGCCGACGUGGCAGAGACGAACAUGACCGGUGGUGGUGCCGGUGGGCGGUUUCUGCUCACCAAGGACGCCUUCGCCGCCUUGGCGACGCCAGACCGUAACGCCGAGCUCGCGGACGCGGACGUCGACGUGGACUUCAGGAGGAUUCCCUGCGUGUACAAGAGCAAGAACUUGGCGGUUAAAGUGGAGGAGACGAGCAGCAGGGACCGGGGUUACCUCGCCCUCCGCUUCCUCUACCAGGGCGGCCAGACCGACAUCGCCGCCGUCGAGGUCGCGCAGGCGGUCACCGGUUCCAGCGGCACCAACAACGACGCAGCACCGUUGCAGACAUCCUGGCAGUCUUGGAAUCACAUGACAGCACUACUGUUUUGGCUGCUCGUCCUCUUCCUCUUUGGAAUAGUAGGAGAGUAUUAUUGUAGGUUGAUUGCAUGGGCUGAUUAA